UUAGUAACAUAGAGUUCUAUAUUUAUGCCAUACUUACGGUUUUCUGGCAAUUAUUAAUCGUCGCGUUCGAUUGGUAAACAAAUAUGGAUUUCAUUGACGACUUCAUUGAAGAAUACAAGAGCAAUCCCUGCUUGUGGAAAGCCGAUUCAGUUGAUUUUAGGAAUCGGACCAGACGACAAGAAGCGUAUAUGAGGCUUAUUGCUGUGGCGACUCGACAUGGAGAACUGUACAAUGUUGAAAGAACUAAGCAAAAGAUUAACAAUCUGAGGUGUGCAUUUCGUCAUCAACUGCGAAAAUAUAACGAAGUUAAGAAAAAGGGAGAGAAGUAUGAGCCGUACUGUCCAAAGCGAAGAUAUUUCGAAUCUCUCAUGUUUUUAAAGGACGAAGAAAUUCCUGAAAAGAAAUCAAAGCAGACUGAUAAUCUACCUUUACAACAAAAUACAGAUAACACUGUAGUGCAGCAAGAAGCAUAUGAGGAAUUUUCAGAUGCCGAAAGCUUGCCGAAGCAAAUGAAAAAUAAUGAUAAUAACAAAUUAUCUCCUAGCACAAGCGCUAACGAAUUCUGUGCCAAUUUAUUUGAAGAAGUUGAGGUUGAUCCAAUUAUCAGUAUUCAAUCAGUAAACAGCAGCAGCAACAACAACAACCAGAACCAGACAUCGAGCGGCAGUACCACAAUAAAGGACACUGACGGUAUAUUGCCGACAUCCGAUAACAGCACUAUAUCUGACAGAAGAAAAUCAGUAAAUACCUCAAUUACAAGCACUUUGAACGACAAAGUGAGCAACUCAACAGCUGAUCAUAUAUCUGAGUUAAAUCGAGACAAACAGAUUACCACCCGUCAUAAAUACAUCAAGAGCAAUAGAAAAAGAUCAUUAUCGGGAUCAUCGCAACUGUCAGACACAGAAGCUCCUCCCACAGGAAAAUGCAGGGCCGGCAUUUCAAACAUUGAUUUCGAGCGACUUUUUCAAUUGGCGUUCAAAAAUGCAGACAAUCAGUUGGAUGAUCAUUUUACAAAUUUCGGGAAAAUAAUUGCUCACAAAUUGAGAUCAAUGGACAAUGCACAAGCAAUAUAUGCGGAGAAAAUCAUAGCCGAUGUUCUCUAUCAGGGCCAGAUGAAAAUGCUAUCUACAUUAAGUAUAACUCAGUUCUUAAGCGUAGAUAAUACAACCGUCUAUGUAGAAAGUCAUACUAAAUGAUUGUUCUUAAAAUUAAUGUUAAAACUAUAAUAUGAAAUUAUAUACAUAUGUGCGAUUUGGCUACUAAA